CUAGCAAACAGGGACAGUAUGUAAUAUAGACCAUUAUUAUUUGUUUUCUUUUUAGAAUACAUAUACAUAUGUACAGCCUGUGUAUAUGGUUUAGACAAAUUGUUAGUUAAAAGUAUACGUGUGUGUGUGUUGGCAAAAUUGGGCACAGACGCAGACGACAGUACGGCUCGUACGCUCCGGCACAUAGCGAAAAAAUGCAUAAACAGCACAUGGACCUGCACGUCCCAGUGGACAUGAAUAAGUCACUGGACGAUAUGACGCCGGAGGAGCGCAUGCGGGCCGAACAUCAGCUGAUGGUGGAGAAACACAAGGGACAUGAUGCAAUGCACUCGGAAAUGGUUAUCAUACUGAUUGUGACAUUAGUCAUCGCCCAGAUUAUAUUGGUAGAAUGGAAGAAGCGCCAUUACAGAUCCUAUUCAUUUGUCACAUUGCUGGCCAUGUGGCUCAUACCGCUAAUUAUUUCCUGCACCUUUCUCUGGUUACGUUUUAUAAUCAUCUGGCUGAUAUUCACCACAAUAACAGCGCUCGUUAUGCGUCGUGCCACCAGCAAGCCCAUACAGGGCACAACUCCUCGACUUGUCUACAAAUGGUUCUAUUUUAUCUAUAAGCUAAGCUAUGGCCUAGGCAUUGUUGGCUAUUUGGUCAUAAUGGCUGCCUUCCUGGGCAUGAACUAUAUAUUCUCCCAGCCACCCAACACCUGGAUGGAUGUGGGCCUAAUGUUUUGUUUCUACGGUCUCUACAUAGGUGUGCUGGGACGCGACAUUUCCGAGAUUUGCUCAGAUAAAAUGGCCGCAGCCAUUGGUUACUACACUCCGCAGGGCAUGCCAACGCGGCAUUUGGACAACAAUGUUUGUGCGGUGUGUGGCAAUCAGUUGCUCGUGUCUGAGUCCGAGGAGGGUGUCAUUGAGAAUACUUAUAAGCUGUCCUGUAAUCACGUGUUCCACGAGUUCUGCAUACGAGGCUGGUGUAUAGUGGGCAAGAAACAGACGUGUCCUUACUGCAAGGAAAAAGUUGAUUUGCAGAAAAUGUUUCGUAAUCCGUGGGAGAAGCCACAUGUGUUGUAUGGUCGACUGCUGGACUGGAUUCGUUGGCUGGUCGCAUGGCAGCCUUUAAUAUUUUUCAUAGUACAAGGAAUUAACUGGAUGUUGGGACUGGAAUAGAUACUGCAAUAGACUCAUGGAUAUCUAGUCAAAGCACGUCAACGAAAAAACGCAACUGAGACCAAUCAAUUAGAGAGAAACCAAAAAAAAAAACAAAAACAGAUAUCUAAAAUCAAAACGGACUAAUUUCAAUAUACAUAUAUAUCAGAGCAGCAUCAUUCCCCGGAUAACCGGAAUCGCUUGGUUCUCCAUAGAACACUACUA